AUGGCAACCCAAGAAGAGGGGAUCAAACUCUUCGGAAAGACAAUCACCGUGACGGCGGCGGCGGCAAAAGCAACCAUGAAGGAAGAGAAUAAUCCUCACGCCGACGACACGCCGAGCAAGCCGGAGAAGAUAAUCCCGUGCCCGAGAUGCAAGAGCAUGGAGACCAAAUUCUGCUACUUCAACAACUACAACGUCAACCAGCCCCGCCACUUCUGCAGAGCCUGCCACCGCUACUGGACCGCCGGCGGCGCGCUCCGCAACGUCCCCGUCGGCGCCGGCCGCCGGAGAAACAAGCCCCCCGGUGGCGUUCGGAUCAGUCCUCCCCCCGUCGGGUUCCCCGAUGGUGCGGCGGUGGAGGAGUGGCGGUUGGCUGCGGCGGUGGCGGCAGGUGUUCACGGCGGUGGGUUCCGGGAUGUUUUUCCGAUCAAGCGGCGGCGGUGCGACGCCGGUGGUCAACCGUGUGUUAAUUAG